AUGGUGUCCAGUAAACUUGUCGCCACUGUCGGGGCCCUGGCACUGGCCCCGGUUGCUUCGGCUUUUGAUGCACAGGCAAAAACCAACGUUGCCGUCUACUAUGGCCAAGGUACCAACCAGCAACGACUGAGCCAUUUCUGCCACGAGACAUCGCUAGACAUUAUCAACCUCGGUUUCGUCAAUGUCUUCCCCGACCAAGGCGUUCUGGGAAUGCCGGGCACCAACUUUGGUAACCAGUGUGAUGGUCUGACCUCGAACGUUGGCAAUACAUCGACCCAGUUCCUCACUGGUUGCCAUCAAUUGGCGGAGGAUAUCCCGAUUUGUCAGGCGGCUGGCAAGAAGGUCCUCCUUUCUUUGGGAGGUGAUUCUGGUUCGGUUCAGAAGAUCGAGUCUGAGAAGUCGGCCAUUAACUUUGCCGACUUCCUCUGGGAUUCGUUUGGUCCGAAGAGUAACAACUUGGCACUUCUUGGAAGCCCUCGUCCUUUUGGUGAUGCUGUAGUGGAUGGAUUUGACUUUGAUAUCGAAGUUGGUGGUGGUAACGGCUACGCGACCAUGAUCAACCGUCUCCGUGAGCACUUCGCAGAGGACCCUUCCCGGACCUUCUAUAUCUCAGGCGCACCCCAAUGCCCUAUCCCCGAUGCUCAAUUGGGUGACGCCAUCGCCAACGCUGUCUUCGAUUUUGUUUGGGUCCAAUUCUAUAAUACUGAAGGAUGCUCUGCCAGAAACUUUGUGCAGGGCAAUGGCAACCCGGGAUUCAACUACGAUGAAUGGGUGACCGUCAUCAAGAACAGCGCCAACCCUGACGCAAAGCUCCUUGUCGGUCUACCUGCCAGUCCAGACAUGGCCAUUGAGGGAUUUUACUUGAAUCCUGCCGAAGUUGAGCCCCUGGUUUCCAAGUACAUGAACAAGUAUUCCGAGACUUUCGGUGGUAUUAUGCUCUGGGAGGCAACUGCAUCUGACAAUAAUGUCAUCAACAAUGGCACCUACGCGGACAACAUGAAGGAGAUCUUGUACAGGUACGGUCCUAAGCCUACGCCCACGCCUACGCCCACGCCUACGCCCUCGCAGACUCCUUCGCACACUCCAUCGUCUUCCAGCAUUUCUGUUCACUCGAGCAGUCCGGCCCCAUCAAGCUCCCCGGUUUCCUCGAAGACCCCAGUGCUGUCUAGCACCCGCACUGCCUCGAGCUCGUCUGUUGUAUUUACUCCUUCCUCUUCCGUUCUGGCAACUUCGAGCACCAAGGCUUCUAGCUCCCCUAUCUCGACUGGAGUGUCGCAGUCAAGCUCGCAGGUCGCUUCCAGCUCCGUUGCUCCGUCGAGCACGCCGAUUGCUUCCGGCAAGCCAACUCAAUCGCACUCUUCGGCUUUCUCUCAGGCUUCCUCUUCGGCCCCGGCAACAUCUACGCCCGUGGCGUCCAGCACCCACUCUCCUUCAAGGUCGGCUGUUGCAUCGACUUCAUCUUCCUCCCUGGCCACUUCGAGCGCACCCAAGGCUUCUAGCUCUCCUGUCUUGACUAGAGUAUCACAGUCGAGCUCUCAGGUUGCUUCCAGCUCGUCCAUUCCGGCGAAGUCAUCGAGCUCGGUGAUUGCAUCUAACAAACCCACGACAUCUGGUAAGCCUACGACUUCUAGCUCUGUGGCUGUCUCUGCUUCUCAGUCUGUCACUUCAUCUGCGGUGCCAACCGCAUUAACCAGCAAGCCUGUGAUUUCCACCAAGUCGUCUUCAUCUGUCUUGAUCAACUCCACUCCGGUUGUCGGCUCGCAGAGCUCUGUCAUUCCCAGCGCAUCCUCUGCUUCUGUCGGUGUCCCGGGGUCCAGCCCUGCAAUCACUCCUUCGGCCUCGGUCACUGGUCUUCCCUCCGCGACUGCUACAGAGUCCAAGACUGUCACAACUGCGAUUGUGACUUCGUACAUUGACAUCUGUCCCACUGGAUUCACGACGGUUACCACCAUCUACACUACGACCUAUUGCCCUGAGACCGCCGUGCCGGCAACCCCGACUAUGAAGCCAUCUGUUCCUACGGGAUGGACUACGGUCGCAACCGUUUGCACUCACUGUGCGGCGACGCCUACUACCGUGACGCUCACGCUGCCUCCGAAGACUACUGGCCCAGCUGGUGCCAUGUCUACUGGGACAUCUAACGGCAACGAAUCUGGCAACUCUGGCAACACCGUUACAGGAACCGAGACUGACAGCACAAUCACUGCCACCGUAAUUGGCAACAACUCCAUGCCUAAGCCCUCCGGUGCCCUCUCCAGCCACGCCAGCCAGAAGCCCCAGGACUCCGCGGGAACUUCCCUCCGUGUCCCGACCGCCGCCGUCACGCCUUCCGGACCCGUUAGCACCCCAUUGAUCCGCGUCCCUACUGGCACUGGAUCCGCUCGUGCUUCAUCGACCUUGUACGCCAGACCCACUGGCACUGCAUCGCGGGUGCCUGUUUCCCCUAGCGGUACCACUGGAACCGAGCCGUUGUUUACCGGUGGUGCGGCGAAGAACGUGGGUAGUGGGGUUGCGAUUGCUAUGGCUGUCGCUGCGGUCCUUCUGUAG